UUGACAACCCCAAAAGCUUACCGUAUGGAUCUUGAUCGCCAUUUGCAUAUCAGAACUGACCAAGCAAUGAAGAACCCAAAGGAGAACCGUGCUUCUUCAAUUAGGAAAGGAGAAGUGUCACAACCCCUCCAUGACAGAGAAAGCAGGGCAGCACUUCUGAACAGAAAAAGUCCAAGACACAGAAGCAAGAAAAAUCUUGGGAAAGGAUGGAAACCAUUUGUACCACUUGUAAAACAGAAUCAACAAUUUAGAACAGCAUGUGUAAAAGAAGAUAUUAGAGUGAAGGCACUUGAAGCAGCUGAAGCUGCAAAGCGUUGUCAAGAGAAGAAGCAAAAUGAGAGAGUCGCGCGUAAAGCAGCGGCAGGACUAGAGUGUGAAAGACCAAAGCAAGCGGGGGAACAAAAACAAAAACAAGCCGGGCAGAAGAAUAAAAUAGGCACAGAUGUUGCUACUAGGAAGAGGCGGAGGGGAGAUGAAGAAAGUAAAGAAAAUGGAAGAAAAAAGAAAUGUACAGAAGGGGCACAGAUACCAGAGCAGCAGGUGGAUCGAAUGCAUGCUACACAUGGCAAAAAAGAUGGUUGCCGGAAGAAUUAUGAUGACAAAGAGCCAAGAAAUGAUUUAGUUGGAGGGCUCAAACACGAAUUAGUACCUGGUGAAAGGACAGAAUCUGUCCAUAGAUUUAUGGCAUCUGAAAGCAACAACCUUGCAAAUGGGAGGUCUGAAAGUUCUACACUUCAGGUGCAGGAAAGCUUCUCAGAUGCUGUUGAUAAGAACCAUCAGCCAUAUAUACUUUGAUAACUUGGAGAAACGCUCACCUACAACCAUUAGUUACCUGCUUACAGCUGGGAUAAAACUACAAGGAACUGCAUUAUG